AUGAAGGCUUAUUGGUAUGACGGUCUUGAUGGUGACCAGCGCCUGGCACAUGACUCUGGCAAGGAGGUUACCGUCGAAGACCUGAAGAAACUUGGUGUCUUUUACCACCAAAUCACUGAUUUGGAUGGGGUCAACCAGCUGGCGUCGGACCGCGGGUACCGAAACAGAGACGAGAUUGUCGUAUCACCAGAGAAGAUGGGCGAGAUUUACGAGGAAAAGGUCAAAUCCUUCUUCCAUGAGCACUUGCACGAGGAUGAGGAAAUUCGCUAUGUUCGCGACGGUCGAGGCUUCUUUGACGUGAGAAGCGUUGAUGACGCCUGGGUUCGUAUCCGUGUCGAGAAGAUGGCGCUGCGGCCGGCUGACUAUUCGCAGGACGACUUAAUCAUCCUGCCUCCUGGCAUCUACCACCGCUUCACAACCGACGAGUCCAACUACAUCAAGGCCAUGAGGCUCUUCAAGGAUGAGCCCAAAUGGACUCCUUUGAACAGGACGAAGGACCUUGACGUGAACCCGCACAGGAAAGAGUACGUUGAGCAAUACAUUCAGAACGGCGUGUCAGCAUAG